UGAUGUGAGGGGCGCAAAUAUUGCUUUAGUUCCGCUACACCGUGCGCUACACUACUUUUGGUUUGCCUUAGUGAAUUUUAGCUUAUUCAGCGCUGCAGCUGUAGAGCGCUUGCAGAAUCAUUUCUUUGUGGAACGUAGCAUUCAUACAGUUUCUGAAACUUCAUCGCAACGUCCGUACUGCCUGACAAGAAGUGUUGCGUGUUUUUGAAAGUUGGCCAUGAAUGUGGGAACUCCGUUGCCCGAUGAAACGUUGUUGUUCGACUAUCAAAUCGCCGGACACGUUCACGGAAACAAAAAAACCAAGUUAGGUCUUCUGAAACACAAAGAUGGGUCUAUCUUGAAGCCUUUGUUAAGCAGCGAUGAGCGCACGCUACGAGAGCACAAGUUUUAUGAAGAAGUUUUUACAGCUGAAGAACCCCUACCAGACCUGCUGACACUGAGGACUUUCCUGCCUAAGUACCUGGGAACAUGGAAGACUAACUACCUUGGCCAAGAAGUGGAGUAUCUACGCUUGGAUGACGUGACUCGUGAGUUCCGGAGGCCUAGUGUCAUGGAUGUGAAGAUAGGUGCCCAAACGUAUGACCCAUUGGCAGCACCUGAGAAGGUUGCACUCGAAGAGACGAAGUAUCCAUGGAGCCGGCAGCUUGGUUUUCGUAUUCUUGGCAUGAGGGUUUUUGACCAGUGUGAGCAAAAAUAUCACGUUUAUGGAAAAGAUUAUGGCCUCAAGCAAACACCUGACACGAUACUGGAAGCCUUCCAGACAUUCCUUGGCAUGACGCGUCAACAGCCCAAUAGCCCAAAGUUUCUGCCAGACCUAUUACUUCAGCUGGAACACAUCAGGCAAUGGUUUGAGACUCAGCGUGUUUAUGCCUUUUACUCAAGUUCGCUCUUGAUUGCAUAUGAAUCUCUGUCUGAUAGCUCUGAUGAUCAGAAGAUUCAUUGUGUUGCCAAAAUGAUAGACUUUGCUCAUGUUUUUCCCACAUCUGAGUGCGACAAAAAUUACCUGUUUGGAAUCUGCAAGCUUAUUAGUGUACUGCGUGAAAUUGAAGGUCUAUAGCAAUGACGAGCGAACAGUUAAAAUAAGUUUUUAUUUUACUGUUAUGGGACUUGUAAGAUGUUCUUUCUUAUGCACAAUGUAUACAGACUGUGAUUAAAACUUGCCAUUUAUAUAACAUAUGCAUCAGCAUUUGCAGUGCACAUACAUUCUUACGAUGGCAAAUAGUUGUGAUCCGCAGUCCACUUUUAUCCUUUUAAAAACACUUAAUGCUUCUGACAUACCAUUCAGCCAUAUUCAUUUUCUUCUAAAAUCUAGAAGAAGCUAUACGGCCAAACUCUAUGAAAAAAUUUCUAUUUCUGAUUUCAUGAUUCUGAUUACAGGAACACCGUCCUUUUGACGAUGUAGAAGAUACAGAUAUGUAGCUUCAUUUGAUUCUCAUGGAAGAAAUGAUGCCGUGCGUGUUUGGCAGCUUAUAUUCAUGUGUACCAUCACUAUAUUUGUGUUGGUCUAUUGUUUUGAAAGUUAUUUACUCUGUAGCCCAAUUUCUUGUCUGUGCACCUGUUAGCUUGUAUGCUAACUUAAAUGCAGUUACAGCUGAAUACCUUUAUAAGAGACAUGCACUGGGGAGCAGCUCGUGUCCUUUAUAUGAAGAGCCUUCUAUAAGUGGGGUACCAUGUUCUCAUUUUCUGACUGACCCUUAUUUCGAUGUAGGCACACUGCAACUAAAAUAUGCACAAAAGAAGGCUAUGGCCUUUUGCAAUUUGUUAAUUAUUUUAUUACUACGCUGCUUGGUGGAUUGCUACAUAGAAAACACAGUCCAUGUUUUUUCCUGCUCAAAUCUCCCAAUACGUGGCCAUUGCUUCACUUUCUUGGAAGUUGGCACAACAGCUUGUUCACAUCAGCCAAGGUGCAGCUGAUUGCUUUGCUCGCAUUUGUCGGGUACAUUUGUCAUGACAUGUCAUGUCGGAACAGUGUAAGAGGUAAUGUCUGCACUGCACUCUGGUUAUGCUUCAUUCUUGUGGACACAACAUGUCCACAACAUAUGCAAUGCUUCUUGAUUGGGAUUGCACCAACAGUAGAGCCCACCGUGCUCCCAGUUAUUCUUGACUAGACACAUGCCCACAUGUGCUGUUGCACUUGUAUUCUUCGAAAGGGAGAAGUGCUUCUCUUCAAUGGAUUCCUGUUGCAGGGGUUUCUCUUCAUUUUAUAGCCGACUCACCCACUCUGCAUUUGCUUAGGUUGUAGUAAAGAGUGAGUGCAUGUGUCUUUCAUUUCCCUUCGUUUCCACAUUGGAUACAAUGGCAUUUAUCAGCCAAUGACUGUGCAGUUAAAGUUUGUUAAAGUUGAUGUCUGUUACAAGUGAGAUUGUUGACAAAAAUUGAAGAAUAACUUGCCCUUUACAGCCAAUUGUCUUUUACAUCCAGUGUUUGUUACAAAAGAGAUACAAUUCAUGGGAGAGAUAGGGCGGCCAACCAUAUCGUUCAGUGGUGUCUAUUAUAUCCAGUUGUCUGUUACCUCUCUCUCUUAUAAAGUGGUUCAACUGUAUAUUAUUUGACUCUAUUGGCGACAUUCAUCAACAGUGAGCUUUACAACUUGUGGCAUUUAUUACUAAGUGACUGGGUAGCAUCACGUCAUUCAGUAAUUUCAAGCCGAGAUAUAAGCAUGAAUGAAAAAAGAAGUCAGCAGAAGUGAGAACACUCGACUGGCUGACAUGUCUAAGGGCCUGUAUUCAGCAGCUUCCAAGAAGGUGUUCUUAUGAGACAGGGACACUGAAGAAUGUGUUGCAGUGCUUCUUCGUCUGAAUUUAUUUUUUUUACCCCUUUCUUAUUGUACGGAAUGCUGUAUAAUCUAUAUGAUAACAUUACAUUGUCACAGUGUUGGUGAAGUUUACUGACAUAUAACAGCAGGGAAAAAAAAAGAAGACUGUUAUUAUUAUAA